AUCCUCUAGGCCCCUUUUUGCCAGGUUUGGUUCUAGGGUUGUCUACAAUUUGGGCAGGACUCUCCAUGCCAAAGUUGAUACCAUUAUUGCUGACCAGUCUUGGCAAUGGCCACGUUGUAGGAAUUCUGUGACCAGGGACAUCUUGAGGAUCACCCCUGCUCAUCUUGUUCCUCAUCCUUCUCAAGAGGACACAGUCAUUUGGAAUCUCACCCCUGACCACAAGUUCUCUAUCAAGUCAGCAUGGAAUGCUAUUAGAAGGCAGCAUCCUAAAGUUAGUUGGUCCACAAUUAUUUGGUAUAAGCAUCAUGUUCCUCGCUGGUCCAUUAUUCAGUGGCUUGCACAUCUAGGGAGGCUUGCUACUAAAGAUAGACUCCUUAAAUGGGGUAUGGCUAUGAAUGAUCAGUGUGUCUUGUGUUCUGCUUCUGUAGAAAACCAUGAACACCUCGUCUUUCAGUGUCCUUUCUCUUCUCAACUUUGGAAAGCCUUGCAAAAGGACCUGAGGCCUCAAUGUCCUGUUACUAGUUUGCCUCAAAUUAUGGACUGGAUGAUUCAAGUUGAUAGGGGUUCUCUGUUUUCUUGUUUGUUUUCAAAGGUUGCUCUUGCAGCUCUUUUGUACCAUGUUUGGGGAGAAAGGAAUAGCAGAAUCUUCAAAGGUUAUGGGAUUACUGUGCAGCAAUUGGAAAUCAAAGUGCGAACUGAUAUCCGAGCUUGUGUGAGCUCCUGGAGGAGAAUUAAGAGGUCAAGUCCUAACAUAGCUCUCUGUUCUUGGUGGAAUAUCCCAUUUAGAGUUUUUGGCAGUCUGUAAUUUCUGUUGUGUACUGUUUGUCCUGUUUCGUGAUGUGGUAGUUCAGGCUUGUUUUUAGUGUUGAUUUGUAUAGUUUGUUGGCUUGGGAUAUGCCCCUGAUGGGUGUUAUGUGUUUUCUUUUCUAAUAAAAUUUUACCUUA